CCUGCCAACUUCCGCUGGCGUGAAGGACUUGUGUCGCAGAUUCGACAGAAAUUUGUAUCUUUGCAAUGUAAAAUUUGACUCUAAAUCAUAAUUCAGUGAUUAAACUUGUCUGCAUGGAGGUUCCGGCCCAACUAUACAUUAGAAUUACUUCGCUGUUUGGCCGCAGGGUGAAAUGGACGGACAGAAAGCAGGUGGUUCUGUGUUUAUGUGUCAGCUGUGUAACCUCUUCUCUCCAAGUCGCUCUCAGCUGCUUGCACAUUGCUCCCAGCUGCACCCCCAGCACAAUUCCCUAGAUGACAUCGUCAUUGCACUGCAGCCCCUUGUAGCAGAGCCUGUGGAGAAGCUGGCAGAGACCCCAGUGAAGCGAAAACGAGGAAGACCAAAGGGCUCUACGAAGAAAAUGCGUGCAGAUUUGACGGAGGGCAUGGCCAUUUCCAGCUAUUCUCCAGAGGAUAACUUUGAAAAAGAAGAAAAGAGGAAUGAAGAGGAAAUUCAACAAUCUAUACAAAAAAAUUAUGGGAAGUCAGGGCUGGAAUGUAGACACUGCCAUCGCUCAUUCAGUAACAGGCGACAAAUCCUUAAACACAUCUGCCUAAGAGAAGAGGAUGAAGAUAUGGUCGAGGAGGAAAAUGGGAGCAUCUGUGGUGCAGCAGAAGGGGAGGGCUCUGAAAGUGUGGCUCCUGAAGGAGCCGAUCCAAACCAGAUAAAACAAACCCCAACCAGACCAGGACUUGUUAGAGAAAAUGAUGUGGGAAACUCUAGAUCCUCAAAAAACAACCGAAGUCGCAUCUCCAAGGAAGGAGGCCUAACAACAGGAAGCAAAAAAUCUGUCAUCAGUGUUGUUCUGACAGAAGAUGAAACACUUCCAGGUGUUUACAAAAUGGUUCCAAUAGAGGACAGUUCAGCAGAAGCAGAGUCUGCUGCUAUCAAACCUCAGCCUGAAGCUCAGCACUCUGCAGUCUCCCAGAGCGAGUCACAUGAUGCUCCAAGUGAAGCCACCACCUGCACAGUUAACCCUCAAACAGACCAGGAGCCAAGUUCUAUUUCUACCACAACAGCAGCGGCUCACAGCAGAGGCUUCCAGGAAUAUUCAAUCAAGCAAGAUGCUGCCAAUUUGCUUCAGAGCCAGCUGAAAAUUUUUGCCUGUGAGUUCUGUAACAAAAUCUUUAAGUUCAGACACUCACUGGUUGCCCACCUCAGGACACACACCCAAGAAAAACCAUUUCAGUGUCCACACUGUGACUACGCAUCAGCCAUUAAAGCAAACCUGAAUGUUCAUCUGAGGAAGCACACUGGAGAGAAGUUCAGCUGUCAGCACUGUGCUUUCAAUUGCCUCAGCCCAGGACACCUCAAGGUCCACAUAGAGCGUGUCCAUAUGAAGGUGAAGCAGCACUGCAGAUUCUGCGAGAAAAAGUACUCUGAUGUCAAGAACCUGCUGAAACACAUAGAGAAACGACAUAAUCUAAAAGAUCCCGCUGUUUACCAGAGCUACCAGCAACUGAGGUUAAAAACACGUCAGGGUCUCAGACAGCUCCUUUACCACUGUCCCGCCUGUAACCGACGCUUCAAGAACCACCUGGAGCGGGAGCGCCACAUGUUGGUCCAUGGGCCCCAACGUCCCUACGCCUGCCUACUCUGUGACCAUGCUUCAACCAAGAUGGCUGCCCUUGCCGCCCACGUCAGGAAGCACCUCUUCCUGUACUUGUGCUCUGUGUGUAACGAGAAGUUUGUCAGCUCGCAGAGGCUGAAGAGUCACUUGACAGAGUGUCACCCAGAACUGGAUCAAGAGCAGACCUUGACUGACUGUAUCAAUAGCAGCUACUAUCUGGCUCAGCCUGGAGGGGCCAUGUGGGGGAGUGAGGAGAACGCGGACGCACAGGAGCACAGGAUACCACAGGGGCGUGAAGGUGACAGAACGCAAGACCAGGAUGGACAAAAUGGCAUGGAGGGGGAGGAGCGGCAAGAUGUGGAACAAGAGCAGCAGAGAAAAGAGAAGGACGAGGAAAAACAAGCUAAUAAAACUCACGCCGAAAGUUUAGAAGCGGUGCCGCUGAUAGAUGGAGAGACAGGAAGAGAAGGAGGGAUAGAAGAGAGAGGAGCACAGCAAGCCUCCAAAGACCGACAAGAAGAAGCAGCAGCAGAGGAGAAGUCACACAAUGAGACGACAGACUCAUGCAGCUCUGAAAGACUUAAAGAGCACACGCGUACCUUGUUAUCACCAGAGAGCAUUCACAGCCCACUCUUGGAGGACAGGACUAAAAAAAUUGGACGCACACCUGCUGAGAAAACACACACACCGUCACCAUCAUCAUCAUCAUCUGAUGUCAGCGCACACAGACAUUUGUCUGCAGGUCCAGACAAUAGCCAGACUCCACAAUCCGAGGAGGUUUCAGAGGGUUCCCAUCACAGUGCGUUCGAGCAGGUGUUUUCGUCUCUUCAGAAGACUCAACUGACUAUGGAGACUUUCCAGCGGCUUAGGAAAAUUUAUGGAGAACUGGAAUGUCAAUAUUGUGGUAAACUGUUCUGGUACAGAGUCCACUAUAACAUCCAUAUACGCACACACACCAAGGAGCACUUGCAUUACUGCUCAAAGUGUAGCUAUUCUUCCAUCACCAAAAGCUCUUUAAAGCGGCACCAGAUCCAGAAGCACAGUGACUUGCUGCUGCCUUGUUCAAAUCCUGGCUGCAAAUACACCACACCUGACAAAUACAAACUUCAAGCACAUAUGAGGACGCACCAAGAGCAGGGGAGAAGUGAGACCUGUCCUGUCUGCCAUCGCAGUUAUCCAGAGCACAGACUAAAACACCACAUUAAAACAUCUCACCCUGACACUCUUCCUGUGCAAGGUAAAGGACUGAUGGUGCAGCGUGCAGAGAAGUGCCCUUACUGUGACUCCUACUUCCUAAAGAACAGCAGUGACUUUCAGCAGCACAUCUGGGCCCAUCAAGGCCUAAAGCCGUACGUCUGCAGCAUGUGUGACUACGCAGGCCGCAGUAAGAGCAACCUGAAGACUCACAUGAACCGACAUAAUACAGAGAGACGUCACCUGUGCGAUCUGUGCGGUAAAAAGUUCAAAUCUAAAGUCACGCUGAAAAGCCACAGGCUGAGCCACACAGAUGAAGGGAAGAGGUUUCAGUGUUCAGAGUGUGACUUCACCUCGGUCUCUAAACCUUCCCUACUCAGACACAUGGAGCAACACGCUAAAUUUAAGCCAUUUCGUUGUGCUCACUGCCACUACUCCUGCAACAUUGCUGGUGCUCUGAAGCGACACUACAACGUGAAGCACCCUCAUCAGAAAUACGAGAAUGCCGGACCCGGAUUGCCUAACCCCGACGCUCUGAAACAGCAAGGAGGUAUCAAAUGUCCUGAAUGUGAAUUUGUUUAUGGCACAAAGUGGGAGUUGAAUCGUCACCUGAAGAGCAAACACAGUCUGAAAGUAGUAGAAGGCCACUGGGAGGUGGGAGAGGAAGUAGAGGCGCAGUAUGUGUCUGUGGGGGAUGACGAGCACCUGUCGACAUUAGAAACCCUGCAGGACAACGUUAACAUCCAGCAGAUCGCUGAGCUCAGCUCGGAGACUCGGGAUGCCGUCACCUCGAUGGUCGCCAUGGCUCCAGGCACUGUAACUGUAGUACAGCAGUUGCAGGUGGCCGACGAGCAGGAAGUCGGUAACUGCAGCAACCAGCUGAUGGUGGUAAAUGCAGACGGGGCUCUAAAUGGCGACCAGGUGAUGGUGUUAGAGGAGGGACACGGCCUCGAGACCCUGACAGUCCUUACUCAGGGAGAAGACGCACACCACUAUAUCGUCUAUGUCCAGGAACACACUGUAGAAAUCAACUAGUAAUGUGCUGCCAAUAAACAGUAAAACAUGAGUUUAGGAAUGUUUUGCUUAUCAUUUUCAACACUUUCCUUAAUUAUAUUUAUUUUUCAGUCAAUUAUUAAUGUAAGUGCAAUAUGUCUGUGAUUAUGUGGUAUAUUUUGUACU